AUGCCUACCUUGUAUACUGAUAUCGAAAUCCCACAAUUGAAAAUCUCUUUAAAGCAACCGCUAGGGUUGUUUAUCAACAAUGAGUUUUGUCCAUCAUCAGAUGGAAAGACCAUCGAAACUGUGAACCCAGCUACUGGCGAACCGAUAACAUCCUUCCAAGCAGCUAACGAAAAGGAUGUAGACAAAGCUGUGAAAGCUGCCAGGGCUGCUUUUGAUAACGUUUGGUCGAAGACAUCUUCUGAGCAACGUGGUAUUUAUCUUUCAAACUUAUUAAAACUUAUUGAGGAGGAGCAAGACACACUUGCCGCAUUAGAGACUUUAGACGCUGGUAAGCCUUUCCAUUCCAAUGCUAAACAAGACUUAGCCCAGAUUAUAGAACUUACAAGAUACUAUGCGGGGGCGGUCGACAAGUUCAAUAUGGGUGAAACCAUUCCAUUGACUUUUAACAAGUUUGCAUAUACUCUAAAAGUUCCUUUUGGCGUUGUUGCUCAAAUCGUUCCAUGGAAUUAUCCUCUAGCUAUGGCUUGUAGAAAAAUGCAAGGUGCCUUAGCGGCCGGUAACACGGUUAUCAUCAAACCUGCUGAAAAUACCUCUCUAUCUCUACUUUAUUUUGCUACUUUAAUUAAAAAAGCAGGUUUUCCACCUGGUGUUGUCAAUGUCAUUCCUGGUUAUGGUUCCGUUGUGGGGAAAGCUUUAGGAACCCACAUGGAUAUCGACAAAAUAUCUUUUACGGGAAGUACUAAGGUUGGCGGCUCAGUAUUGGAAGCUUCCGGCCAAUCGAACCUUAAGGAUAUCACACUAGAAUGCGGUGGUAAGUCUCCUGCUCUUGUAUUUGAAGAUGCAGACCUUGAUAAGGCUAUAGAAUGGGUAGCAAAUGGUAUUUUUUUUAAUUCGGGACAGAUCUGCACUGCAAACUCAAGAGUUUAUGUUCAAAGUUCGAUCUACGACAAGUUUGUUGAAAAGUUUAAAGAAACUGCAAAGAAGGAGUGGGAUGUUGCAGGAAAAUUUGAUCCGUUUGAUGAGAAAUGCAUCGUUGGUCCAGUUAUAUCAAGUACACAGUAUGACCGCAUCAAAAGUUACAUAGAACGUGGUAAAAAGGAGGAAAAGUUGGACAUGUUCCAGACCUCUGAAUUUCCUAUUGGUGGAGCUAAAGGCUACUUCAUUCCCCCAACCAUCUUCACUGAUGUACCAGAAACAUCUAAGUUGCUGCGUGAUGAAAUAUUUGGCCCGGUUGUGGUUGUUAGCAAGUUCACAAAUUAUGAUGACGCUCUGAAGCUGGCUAAUGAUACUUGCUACGGGCUCGCCUCUGCGGUCUUCACCAAAGAUGUCAAGAAAGCGCACAUGUUUGCUCGCGAUAUUAAAGCAGGAACUGUUUGGAUCAAUCAAACCAAUCAAGAAGAAGCUAAAGUUCCUUUUGGCGGAUUUAAGAUGAGUGGUAUUGGUAGAGAAUCAGGCGACACCGGCGUUGAUAACUAUUUACAAAUAAAAUCAGUCCAUGUGGAUCUUUCAUUGGAUAAAUAA